GUCUUGAGCACGUGUAGAUGGCACAGUCCUACCUCCUCAUUAACGAUCCGUUCUCUUCUGCAGGCUGGCAGUGAUGGUGAAAGCAUAGGAAAUUGUCCGUUUUCUCAGAGGCUCUUCAUGAUCCUUUGGCUGAAGGGAGUGGUGUUCAGUGUCACAACAGUUGACCUGAAGAGAAAACCAGCAGACCUUCAAAAUUUGGCCCCAGGCACUCAUCCACCCUUCAUAACUUACAAUGGUGAAGUGAAAACAGAUGUGAAUAAGAUUGAAGAGUUCCUGGAAGAUGUUUUGGCUCCACCCAAGUACCUGAAACUUUCACCAAAGCAUCCAGAAUCAAACACUGCUGGAAUGGAUAUAUUUGCCAAAUUUUCUGCAUUUAUCAAAAAUUCUAGACCAGAAGCUAAUGAAGCCUUAGAACGUGGCCUCUUGAAAACCCUCCAGAAACUGGACGAGUAUCUGAACUCUCCUCUCCCUGAUGAGAUAGAUGAAAAUAGCAUGGAGGAUAUUACAGUUUCUACCCGCAAGUUUUUGGAUGGCAAUGAGAUGACAUUAGCAGACUGCAACCUGCUACCCAAACUGCACAUUGUCAAGGUGGUGGCCAAAAAAUACCGCAACUUUGAGAUUCCGAAGGAAAUGACGGGGAUUUGGAGAUACCUGACGAAUGCUUACAGCAGGGAUGAAUUCACCAACACCUGUCCUGGAGACAAAGAAAUCGAAAUAGCUUACAGUGAUGUAGCCAAGAGACUCACUAAGUAACCAGCACUUGCAAAAGAGAUGACUUCUUGCAUAUUCCAUAACAAUGCUUCUAACAGACUGCUCUUUUCAUAUAAGAUAGCAAUUUUUUUUGCAUGAACUUGCAGUUAUUCAAAGUUAUGGUGGAUAGACCAGGUACAGUAAUUACCUAAAGUUUGCAGACUU